GCCCACUCAACGUCCCACAGAUUGCUUAGCAGGAGCGAAACGCUUAUCGCUUCUUUCAAUUUCUAGAUUCCAAUAUGGCUGAAUUCCUCUCUCGAGCAUCCAGACACAUUAACCAAGCGGCCUCCGCCGCCGCCAAGCUCACCGCCGAUAAGGCUCCAGUCGUCGCACAAAAGCUCAACGCAGCAGUCAAGUUCGCCUCGGACCAAACCCCUAUCAUCGCAGACAACGUCAGUGCAGCAGCCAAAUUUACAGCCGACAAAGCAUCCAAUGCUGCAUCUGCAGCAGCCAAGCUUGCGAGGGAGAAAGGCCCUGUCGUGGCUCACAACGUUCGCGAGGCAGCGUCCACCGCUGCCAAAUUUACCGCCGAGAAGGGUCCUCAAGCCGCCGACUUUGCUGUCCAAACCGCCAAAGAGUAUCCAAAGGUUGUCGGGGCAGCUUCAGCGAUUCUAGCAGCGAACCUUCUCGCUCCUGCCGUCUGCGUAGGUGCCCUCGGCGCGAUCGGAUUCUCACCAGCUGGCGUUGUCGGAGGCUCGAUUGCUGCGGGCGUCCAGUCGUCGGUGUACGGACCUUUCACAGCAGGUGCAUUCAGCGUCUUGCAGUCGAUGGGAGCCACAGCCGCGCCACCCGCCGUAGCGCCCAUCAUAGGCGGUGUAGCAGCCGCAGGCGCCAGCGUAGCAUCGAUGGCAUAUUCUUUGGUUAAAGGAGAGGGUUCCAGAGCAAUGGAAAAGAUAAUCAUUUGUUCAGAACAUGCCUGCGGACUGUGAUUAUCGUCUCCAUGAAGCGAUUGUUAUGUUGUAUGAACGGACAUGCUGAGACAGCUUGCACAAAGCUGCUAGUGUCCGGGUGCUGGUAACUACACACCUCAAUUCUCCAGCCAAUGUACAUAGAUGUGCCUACCUUACACUCGGUCCCAUUGCGCAACCCACAAAUUUCAUUAAACUCGACACCCC